AUUUCCGUUUUUAAGAUUUCGCAAGAAGGACAGAUUAAGCGCCAGGGUAAUAUACGUGGGUCAUCUCCCAGAAGAGCAAUUUCCACCAAACUAUGUGUGCAAUCAGAAGUACAACAUCAUCACAUUUCUGCCGAUGGUGCUUUACGAUCAGUUCCGUUUUUUCCUGAACAUGUAUUUCCUCGUGAUGGCAGUCAGCCAGUUCAUUCCGAGCAUCAGGAUAGGCUAUCUGUACACUUACUGGGGGCCGCUGUGCUUCGUGCUAGCUGUCACGUUGUUCAGGGAGGCAGUCGAUGACUUCAGACGAUACAGGAGAGAUAAAGAAGUAAACAGGCAGAAGUAUGAGCGCAUAGUGCUGGACUCUCCAGUGGACGACUAUAGACCGUUCGUGAUGGAGCAUGUGGCGGCAUCGGAGCUGAGGGUUGGAGACAUCGUGAUGCUGCACAAAGGGCAACGCGUACCCGCCGACAUGAUCCUGCUGCGGACCAACGAGACUAUGGGCACCGUGUUCAUCAGAACCGAUCAAUUGGACGGAGAGAUUGACUGGAAGCUGAGAAUACCACUCCCCUCAACACAAAAGCUGCCAACCGACGCACAUUUAUUGGACAUAAACGCUCAAAUAUUCGUAGAGAAACCCGAGAAGGACAUACAUUCGUUUAUUGGUACCUGCACUAGAUUAGACGAGGAAGAACGAGAUUCAUUGGAUAUAGAAAACACGCUGUGGAGCGGCAGCGUAGUUGCGUCGGGUCAGGCUACUGGACUUGUUAUUUAUACGGGCAGCGAGACCCGCAGCGUGAUGAACAACGCCACUCCGCGGUCGAAAAUCGGCCGGCUGGACCUGCAAGUCAAUAACCUGACCAAACUGCUGUUUGUGGCGACUAUACUGGUGUCCUUCCUGAUGAUCGUGCUGAAAGGCUUCGCCGGGCCCUGGUACGGGUUCAUGUUCAGAUUCGUGCUGCUCUUCUCCUAUAUCAUUCCUAUAAGUCUACGAGUGAACCUGGACAUGGGCAAAGCCUUUUAUUCGUGGACGAUACAGCGCGACAAGAAGAUCGAGGGCACCGUGAUGCGUUCCACGACUAUACCCGAGGAGCUGGGCAGGAUCCAAUACCUCCUGGCGGACAAGACAGGAACGUUGACUAAAAACGAGAUGGUGUUCCAGAAACUUCACUUAGGAAAUGCUCUUUUCGAUAAGAAUAAUUUUCAUGAGGUGGAGGCUCUCCUGACGCAGCACGUGACGAACGACGCGCCGUCGCUGCCGUCGUCGCCGAGCUGCAGUACUGGCGAGCCGUUCGCGCCGACGCCGCGGCAGGUGUGGCAGGCGGUGCUGGCCAUCGCGCUGUGCCACAACGUCACGCCCGUGUACGACUCGUCUGACCAACACGCUGAUGAGGCACAAUCAGAUAUGGGCAGCUCGGUGGUAUCGGAGAGUUGCGGCGGCGCUGUUCCUCAGCAGCAAUUGUGCGACUACCAAGCCUCCAGCCCUGACGAGGUGGCGCUCGUCAAGUGGACUGAUAUGAUGGGAGUGUCUUUGUACCGCAGAGAUCUGCACAACAUAUCGUUGAAAUUACGCGCCGCUAACGAGAUAUUACAGUUCAACAUACUACAGAUAUUCCCCUUCACCAGCGAGAGUAAGAUGAUGGGCAUUAUCGUACAGGAAGAGAACUCAGGCGAGAUCACGUACUACGUGAAGGGCGCUGACGUGGCUCUGGCGCGGCUGCUGGACUCCAACUGGCUCAGCGUGGAGUGCAAGACGCUCGCUGCCGAGGGACUGCGCACGCUCGUGCUGGCCAGCAAGAACAUGUCUCUCGCAGAGUACAAAGCUUUCGAGAGCGAGUACAAAGAGGCUCGUUUGAACGGGAACACUCGUAACGAACGCACUGCCGCAGUCAUGAUGAAGUUACAGCGCGGCCUGCAGCUGCUGGGACUCACCGGCGUCGAGGAUAGGCUCGCUGACGACGUGCCCAGGACGCUAGCUAUGCUGAGGACCGCCGGGAUAAAGAUCUGGAUGUUGACGGGCGACAAGCUGGAAACGGCGCUGUGCAUCGCGCGCUCGCUGCAGCUCGGCGGCGGCGCGGGCUGGACCAGCGCGCCCGCCUGCAGACUGCGCCGCGACGCGCAUGCGCUGCUGCGCGACCUGCAGCAAGGCGACCAGCUCAUGGACCUCAUCAUAGAGGGCGAGACGCUUGAUGUUUGCUUACAGUGGUACGAGGAGGAAAUGGUCGAAGUGUUGCGCGGCUGCAGCGGCGUGGUUGUAGCGCGCUGCUCGCCCACGCAGAAAGCGCGUGUGGCGAGGCUGUUGCGAGCGAGGGGUCACGUGGUCGCGGCCGUGGGCGACGGUGGUAACGACGUCGCCAUGAUACAGGAGGCUGAUAUAGGGGUGGGCAUCGAGGGCCUGGAGGGUCGCGCGGCGGCGCUGGCGGGCGACGUGUGCGUGCGCUCGUUCGCGGCGCUGGCGGCGCUGGCGCUGGUGCACGGGCGGCGCGCGCUCAUGCGCUCGGCCGCGCUCUGUCUCUUCAUCGUGCACCGCGGGCUCAUCGUCUCCACCAUGCAGGCUGUAUUCUCUGUUGUGUUCUAUUUCUCAUCGGUUUCGCUCUAUCCCGGAUUUUUGAUGGUUGGCUACGGUACUUUGUUCACUAUGCUGCCUGUGUUCUCCUUGGUGCUCGAUAAAGACAUACCAAGUACGACGGCUCUCAGAUACCCACAGCUAUACAAACAGUUAACGAAAGGACGACAGCUGUCCUACAAAACAUUCUAUAUAUGGACUGGGAUAUCGAUAUAUCAAGGUGGCGUUAUCAUGUACGGCGCCCUAGUUCUAUUCGAGGACCAGUUGAUUCACAUCGUGGAGAUCAGUUACACGGCGCUGAUCCUGACGGAACUGAUCAUGGUGGCGCUGACGGUGGUCACGUGGCACUGGCUCAUGGUCGGCGCUGAGCUCGUCAGCCUGCUCAUGUACAUCGCCACGCUGCUUAUAUUCACAACUUAUUUCGACGCUGAUUUCAUAAGACACUGGGACUUCUGGUGGAAGGUGAUCACAAUAACUUUGGUUUCCUGUCUACCGCUGUAUAUAGUCAAACAUAUGCACAGGAAGUGGAGCGCCCGCCAGUACAAGAACAUACGAAAAUGAUGCUUGUUCCAGUGGGUGAUUAGGUUCAUUUUUCAUUGUGAUUUAAAUUAUCGACUGCACAUGUCGGUCAAAUGUUUGUGCCAAUGUUGAAAGUUGUGUAAUAUGUUAAGAAUGUUGUUAUUUUAGGUAUAUACAAUGAUUUCCGAUUAUAAACGAUAAGGUAAUAGCGAUUAUGCACUCAAAAUUUUUAGGCUAGAAAUGACUUCUAAACACAAAAAUCCUGUUUGCUGCCCAUUCACUUUUUCCUUAGUUAUUAUUAGUGACAGCAAUGGAGAUUGAAAAACAUUUAUUAAGCUAAGCUCAAAGUUGUGACUUCACAUUGGUCUACUAUGAGUAGAGAUUAUUAGCUAAAGCGUGACUAUGGCAUAAUACAAUUUAUUUCUUCUAUGACAUGUCCUAAUUUAUCGACUUUAUGACUAAAAAAGGAAUUUAACUUUUGUUUCAAAAAUAUAAAGUGUCAAUUUAAAUUUGUUGAUGUUUGAGAUAUAUUGGCCAAAAUUUGAUCCAAUGUGUGUAGUUUUAUUUUCAAUAUUAAGUGCACGUUUUUAAGCACUAUAAUGAUGUUUAAUUAUUUUAAAGUAUUUUAAUAGUUGUAAGUUUAAAAUUGUUAAUGUGUUUUGGUAGGUUAAUUAAUGUAUAUAUAAAAUGUAUUUAAUUCAUUUUUCUUUACCUAUCGAGCCUGGUUACCUACACCGAAAAUCGAAAUAAUACAAGUAUAUAACGAGGUUACGAUACAUAUAAUUUUGGGGUUUUUGUGUACGUAAGUGUAGCAAUACUCACGUAAAAAAAGCCCCACCAUGGGGUAGUGUGUUCAAUUUGUUUGGCGGCUAUAUAUCACAGUGAAUGCCACAAACCCUCUGCAAAAUUUGUGCAGGUUCAAAUCGUACUAAUAAAUCGGAACCUGUACUUCUCUGCUCGACUACAUACGAUUUUCAGACAAUCUUCAUGGAGCGGUGUAAAUUUAGUUUGAUUUUUAAGUAUGGUUAAAAUUUAUUUUACACAAAAAAUCAAAAUGUCCUUUUUCAAAUAAUUAUUUUUGUAUAAUUUAGAGUAUAAAUUUAUUUUGUAUCGACUUUAUUUAUGUUUACAACUUAUUUAUACCAAUUAUAAUCAGAAUCAUAAAAGAUUUUACCUGGUCGAUGAUGUGUACUGAACGAUGGGUAAGAAAAAUGAAUUGUAAGGAAUUUACGACGAAUUAGAUAGUGCAUUGUGCACAUGUCUCGUAACUUUAUGUAUACUCUCUCGAAAAUUUUCUAAAUAAACAACAUCAGUAUGUAAUAGAUGCUAUUUUCACACUAAAUCAAAGUCAGUAACGUAUAAUGAUAAUUUUGCUAAAUAUGCGUUCUUAUGUACUACUAUAAAAAUUAAUUGAAUUUAUCGAUUCAAUAGAGACUUGUGGGUUGCCUUCAUAUGGAAUUUAUAUUCGAGUCAUUACCACCUAAUAGGCUCGCCCCUGCACCGCACCUACUGGUGCACCAGUUGCGCCUCUGCUUACUACUUCGCGGAUAAAAGCGAUCAGUGAGUGUGUGGUACCACCGCCACGAUCAUCAUAUAUUAUAAAGCGAUCAUUUUGUUGGACGAAUCAUGAUAUUCCGCCAUCUUGUGAUGUGAAGAGCAACGUGAUUCUGUAAUCGAAAACACAUUUUUUUCCUCUUGUAAACUAUAGAAUAAAAUGUUGAAAUUUUGAUAAAAUCAACAUCCCUCACUUAGAUUUGUAUGUAGGAAAUUGUUUUAAGCAAGUCAGAUAGUAGAUACUGCACCAAUUAUAAAAUGGCCCUUUACUCUUCACUCGUGCACAUUUUGUUGUUAUUUUUGUAUAUCUGUAAAUCAUAGAGGAUUUUUAUUGUAUACCUUUUGCUAUAUUCAGAUCUUUUCAACUUUAUUUUUGUUGUUUAUUUAUAUGUAUUAUUGGUGUCAAAUUUGAAUGCAUUCAUCUGAUAGUUAUUUGACGAGCUCUUUUGUGCUAUAGUAUAGUAUAGUAAUAGUAAGACAUGUUACUUUGACAUCAAAGGACCAAAGAUGUGGGCACUUACCGCAUCCAUAAAAUCUAGAACGAUGUGAACUCAUAUCAUAACGCGACAAAGCAUUCGAUGAAUGCAUUCAAAGUUAACCUGUAAGAAAUGUUACUGUGAUCAAAUAAUAAUAACGUAAGUGCAAUGAUUCCAUUUAUAGGAUGUUAGUGGACGUUUGUAAUCUUCGAAGCUGGCCGCGUGCUAACAUGUUACCAUGGAAAGAUUUUAGACAAUUUGUAGCAUAAUUUGGACAAAAACGAAAGUUUAUUUAAAAUUAAAAUUUAAAAAAUAAUUAAGUACAAAACAUAGGACCUAAAUUGACGUGAACCCUGGCCCAUGUUGGGAUUGCACUAUUCUGUUAUUCGCUGUUUGGUCAAAGACCCUAAUCUUAAAGAAACAUUUGAGAUCGUUAAUGUGGCAGAUGUUUUUAUCAACAUUGACUUUAAACUAUGUUUUGUACUUUAUGUAUCGUUGUAAAAUCAGGACUCAGGAAUUGCAAUAUGUAAUUGUAAACAAAAAAAUAGUUUCCUUUUUUAUGUUAUUAAAUAACUUGAUUUCACGACAAUAUAUUAUCUUCCGUAAUAAUUUGAAACGUGGUACAAACUGUUUAACAUGUGAUAUCUAUUUAUUUUAAUUAAAAUAUAUAAUAUCUGAAUGAA